AAACAUUUCGUUAUAAAACUGUUUUUGAAGUGGUAAAAAUCGCAUAAAAGGAGCAAUAAAAUUGUAAUGAAAAUCGCACAAAUUGGGCUUUUCGCGACUAAUUGGCAACAUCGACACGUGCAUUAUCAAGUCCACAAGUCCACAUUCGACUCGAGUAAUAUAAAAUCUAAUAGUACUCUAUUCUAAAAAUCAAACAAGAUGAGUUUAGUCCUAGGUGUUAUUUGUGCCACAUUUCUAUGUUAUAUUGGAUAUUAUUGGUAUAAACAUGUUCAGAUUGGACAAAAAUUGUCGUGGUUGCCCACGGUUCGUGGUUGGCCCAUUGUUGGAAAUGGACUGGAAUUUACAAAUACUGAGACACUUUUGGCAGACAUCACACGGCUGAUACCGAAAAAGGAAAAAAUGGUAUAUUUGACUCAUUUAGGAAUAUCAAAUAUUUUUACUACAGACUACGAUUUGAUUGAAUUAGUGUUAAGCAGUCAAAGUAUUUUAAAAAAAUCUUCAGAUUACAGAUACGCUAAAAACUGGCUUGGAACUGGUUUACUUACUAGCGAUGGUGGUAAAUGGAAAUCCAGAAGGCGAAUUACGACACCAGCAUUCCACUUUUCUAUUCUUGAACAAUUUGUAGAGGUAUUUGAGUCCAAUGGAAACAUUUUUAUUGAAAAAUUGAAAAAGGUUGUUGAUAAAGAAAGUAUUGACGUAUAUCCUUUCAUAACAUUGUAUGCAUUAGAUGUUAUAUGUGAAACCGCCAUGGGCGUCUCAGUUAAUGCUCAAAAAGACGCGAAUUCGGCGUACGUCCAAAAUGUCAAAUUAAUGUGUAAAAUCAGCUUAGUUCGCACCAUAUCCGUAAUAAAAAGAUUUGAUAUAACUUAUCCACUAACUCUAGACUACUAUCGUGAAAAACGUGCACUAAAACAAUUGCACGGCGUUACUAACUCUGUCAUUGAUGCGAGAAGAAGCACAAUUAACGAUGACAUCAAGACAGAGGUUGAUGAAUUGGGUAGAAAGAAGAGAUUGGCGUUUCUGGAUAUUUUGUUGAGAUCUACUACUACGGAUGGACAACCUUUAACUAGGGAGGAUAUUAGGGAGGAAGUAGAUACUUUUAUGUUCGAGGGACAUGAUACCACUGCUUCUGCAAUGACUUUUUGUGUUCACUUUUUAUCUGAAAACCCUGAAGUUCAGAAGCGAAUCCUUGAAGAACAAAAAGAAAUAUUUGGAGAUGAUAAAUUCCGACCCUCGACAAUCAAAGAUCUCCAUGAAAUGAAAUAUUUGGAAUGUGUCAUUAAAGAAACAUUAAGACUGUGCCCAUCAGUACCAAUGUAUGGUAGACACGUGCAAGAAGACUUCUAUUUUAAAGGCAAUCUUAUUCCAAAAGGAGUAAACAUUGUGGUUUUUGAUUAUGGUGUUCUUCGUGAUCCUGAUUACUACCCAAAUCCAGAAAAAUUCGAUCCCAGUAGGUUUGAACAGGUAGAUGGAAAAAGACCAUACCAAUAUAUUCCUUUUAGUGCUGGACCCAGAAAUUGUAUAGGCCAGAAAUUCGCCAUGCUGGAAAUGAAGUCAACACUUUCAAAAUUGCUGAGAAAUUUUGAAAUUUUACCAACAGUUCCAAAACAUAAAUUGAUUUUGGUCGCUGAAGCAGUAUUGAAGUCAGCUAAUGGAGUUCGAGUGAAGUUAGCCACAAGAAAAUGGUAG